AUGACUGCAGAGAGACAAAGACAGACGACGUGUACUAGUGCGAGUGAGACAGAGAAUGGUCUCUUUGUUGAUCGAAGCAAGUCGAUACCAGAAAAUGACCAUAUGAACGAAAUGUAUGGAAACCUGGUAUUCGAGUGCGUCGUAGCUAAACUUCAGAGUGUGUUUAAGCUCGAUGAAAAUCAUCCCAAUGAAUCAGUGGAUGUUAAAAUUCAAGGAAACAAUGUUAUCCUUAAAACUCAAUCGGAGGUUGAGUACAAAGCAGAUAAAUCAUUUCUAACCAUUGACGAGUGGAAUGCCCUAGUCGAGUGGGUGGGCAACUGGAAGGGUGAAACACCAGUGAUGCCUCGGAUUUUAAAUCAACGAAUUUCUGAGGAGAUUGACGAGAACGAACUGCUGGGAGGUGACGAUGAGAUUAAGACGAAUGCUAAAGAUGAUGAUACGACGAGUGAUAAUGAGGAGUGUGAAACGAAACGAGUGAUAACGACCCAUGCAGUAAUUGAAACAACAGAUAAUUCUAAGGCUGUUCAGACAGAAGAAACUCUGGCAAACGAUGGGAGAGGAGACUGGAAGCCAAGCUUUCAAGCUAUGAGUAGAAUGCUGCAACAGCAUACUAAAUUGCUCACAACCGCUGUAAACACUAUUAAAGGGUUGGAACGAGUGCAGAAGGAGUUUGCGAACGCAAAGAACGAGCAAUAUUUGGUCCAGGACCAAAUAAACGAGAGAAUGAGUGAAAUAGAAAGAAACAUGGAGCAAAUAAAAGAGUGUAUGCAGGCUCAGGUAAAGACUAACGAGUGUAAUUUAAAUGCUGAUUUAGAAAAACGAGUAACCUAUUUAGACUCGAAAGUUAGGUGUUUCGAAUGCGGAGACUAUGGUCAUCACAGCUAUGAGUGUCCCCGGAAAGGUUCGGGAUUGCAAAAAUACUACGAGUGUAACCAGUUCACUACGCACAAAGCCAAAGAUUGUCCCGAACGACUGGAACGACAAAAACGAAAUGCAUCACGAGGCAAUGGGAAAACGAGUGGAAUGAACAGGUAUGGUUAUUUUAAGAAUUCACGUGGCUUUAAACAGGCCAAUGACAGACGACAGUAUCUCAAAAGGAAAAAUAGUGACAAUUCAGGAAACAGUGAAUCAAAGAAACCAAGAGUUGGGGCACACAGAGGGCGUGGUGGAUUUAAAAAUUCCAACCAACAUAGACAGAACAAAAACGAAAAAGCCAAAGGAACGGAGUCAGCAAAGGACACAGGAAAUUUUGAUGACGGGUGUUUUAACGAAAAGAAAACGAGUGAAGAAACGACUGAUAGCAUUGAACAAACAAAACCGAGUGAAAACGAAGUGGAGACCGAGAGUAAAGUCAAAAUGACUGACAACAACAGACUGAUUGAAAAGGAGGAAAUUAGUGAAGAUAAUGUUCAAAAUAUUAAAACAGGGAAGAAAUUACUUUACGAAAACUCAAACUUUGACACAACUAUUUGGGACCGAAAAUUUCAUGAUGUGAUAAAUCAGACCAGCAGGGUUGAUACGAGUGCCUUACACGAACGAGGGACAUGA